AUGUCGGCAUUUAGUAGAAGAUAUACAGAUGGACCCCUGAACUAUGGACAGGACAUAAGAGGCCGAUCAGAGAAAAAGGUAGAGGCUUCACAUACUACAAAAUGGUCAGGCACCCCAUCAAGACAUAAGAAAAUUGGAAAGGAAGAUUUCGAUACUAUUGUAACCGGCCAUUUGACUCAAGAACAAAUGGAUGCUUACCAGCAAUACUUUCGGAUUGAGGAGAUUUCAGAUAUAUUAAGGAUGGCUCUGGAACUGCAAUCAGAAGUCUUAAGUUUACUCCCAUCAGGUAAUAUUGCAAACAAUCCAAAUUUUGAAAGAGAACCAUCACCACCACCAAAAUAUGAUGCAGCCGGUAAUAGAAGCAAUACAAGAGAAGCGAGGACCAAACUAGCUCUUGAAAAAGAAAGGCAUUAUUUAGUUGAAGUUGCGGCUGGUAACAUUAAGAAUUAUAUGUCGCCUAUUGACUAUCGCAAACCUGUUAAGACGUACGAGAAAAUUUAUAUACCCGUUAAAGAUUAUCCAGACAUUAAUUUUGUGGGAUUAUUGUUAGGACCAAGAGGUAAUACAUUGAGACAAUUACAAGAAGAUAGCGGAGCGAGAUUGGCUAUUAGAGGAAAAGGGUCUGUGAAGGAUGGUAAGUCCACAUCAUCGACUAAUGAUGACGAUGACUCGAAUAGUUCAUUAUCGUUUUCGAAUCCAAAUCUUAAUUCAAGCGGAAGUGAUGAUUUGCAUGUCGUAAUAACCUCUGAUUCUCAACUGAAAAUCGCAAAAGCUAUUAAAUUGACGAAUCAAGUUAUUGAGAAGGCCAUUUCAUCGCCAGUUGGACAAAAUGACUUGAAAAGGGGUCAAUUGAGAGAGUUAGCUAUAUUGAAUGGUACAUUGAGAGAAACUAAACCUUAUAAUCCAGAAGCGCAGCAAUCCAGACGCCAGCGCCCGGGAUUAGACGUCUCACAGCUUGUUUGUAAACUGUGUGGAAAGGUUGGUCAUUUUGCAAGAGAUUGUAAAUUUAGAGGAACUGCUGACGGCAACAAUAAUCCAAUUGUUCAAGAUCAAGCCGACUCUUAUCAACAAACGGCCCCAUAUUCUGAUUCAAGGAGACAAAGAGAAGAAGAGGAUCCAAGAAACAACGGAAGAGAAGAAAUAUUGCCCCCAUGGAAAAAGAAGAAGCCCAAUGUACCUUUACCUCCAUGGCAGAGACCCCAACAACCACUACCAUCGACAGAUGCUCCUCCUCCACCCGCAGGAUUGGCACCACCGCCGUCAAGUUUGGCACCACCACCACCACCGCCGUCAAGUUUAGCACCACCACCACCACCACCAUCAGAUAUAGCGCCGCCCCCACCGCCAUCUUCAGAUAUAGCACCACCUUCAGGUAUUGUAGCAGCAGCAGCAGCAGCAGCAGCAGCACCACCACCACCACCACCUGCAAAUGGAGUACCAGCAGCACCACCACCACCUGCAAAUGAUGCGCCACCAGCACCACCACCACCUGCAAAUGAUGUGCCACCAGCACAUCUGUCUAAAAAAAACCCACCACCUCCCCCACCAGCUUGA